AUGCCUUUAGAUGUUGAUGAUCCGGCAAAAGGACUAACAUUUAAUAUGACAAAGAUGAAAUAUGAACUCUGUUAUAGUCGGGGUAAGCAAAAGUACACUUUUGAAUGCAAGCGUGAUCCUCUUGAUCUUGUUUACCAAGGUCUUGACCUUUACAUGCCCAAGGCUAUCUUAGAUAAAGUAGACUCUAAAAGUGUGCCAAAAGCAGUUCAAAUGAGCAGGAAAAAUUCUCAAUCUUCAGCUGUUGAUAGAAUUCCCAGUGAGAAACGCAAUAACAUGGGUGGCUGCUCUGAGAAGCUUCGCGAUGAUGGAUUUCUUUUGUCAUGUGAUUAUUUUACAAUCAGAAGGCAGUCGCGAAAGGCUGAUGCUGACAGGUUAUCAGCAUGGCAAGAGGCUGGGAGAAGAAACCUCGAGAUGACAUAUGUGAGGUCUGAGUUUGAAAAUGGGAGUGAGAGUGAUGAUCACACAAGAUCUGACCCAAGUGAUGAUGAUGGAUACAAUGUGGUGAUAGCUGACAAUUGUCAGCGAGUUUUUGUUUAUGGCCUCAAGCUUUUAUGGACUAUUGAGAAUAGGGAUGCUGUUUGGUCCUGGGUUGGCGGAAUAUCCAAAGCGUUUGAAGCCCCUAAGCCUUCUCCUUCACGGCAGAAUGCACAGAGGAAACUGCAUGAAGAGAACCAGUUAGAUGCUGAAGAGGUGCUUCAAGAUGAUAUCACCAAUCUCCCUUCUACCAGUCAUAAACUAGAUUCCCCUUCUCAUCAUGCGGAGACAUCAGGAACUUUUUCAUCUGCAUCAGAUUCAGCUAAAGUAAAUAAUUCAUCAUUUCCUUCAAUUGUAACAAAUGGAAACGUUGAUGAUUCUGAGGAAGAAGGGACUCGUCAUUUCAUGGUGAAUGUUAUUGAGCCACAAUUCAAUCUUCAUUCAGAAGAAGCCAAUGGUAGAUUCUUGCUUGCUGCUGUUUCUGGUCGUGUCUUAGCUCGAUCAUUUAAUUCUAUUCUUCAUGUUGGAUAUGAGAUUAUUGAACAAGCACUGGUCAAUGAAAAUGCACAAAUUCCUGAACAUGUACCUGAAAUGACAUGGAAGCGCAUGGAGUUCUCUGUAAUGUUGGAGCAUGUACAGGCUCAUGUUGCACCAACUGAUGUUGAUCCUGGGGCUGGACUGCAGUGGCUUCCAAAAAUUCUUAGAAGCUCUCCAAAAGUAAAGCGUACUGGCGCUCUACUCGAAAGAGUGUUUAUGCCUUGCGAUAUGUACUUUCGGUACACAAGACACAAAGGCGGUACUCCAGACUUGAAGGUCAAGCCUCUGAAAGAGCUUACGUUCAAUUCUCAUAAUAUAAUGGCAACAAUGACAUCCCGCCAGUUUCAGGUUAUGCUGGAUGUGCUGACCAAUCUCCUCUUUGCGCGGCUUCCCAAGCCUAGAAAAAGUAGUCUGUCAUAUCCUGCCGAAGAUGAUGGAGAUGUUGAAGAGGAGGCAGAUGAGGUGGUUCCUGAUGGUGUUGAAGAGGUAGAACUUGCGAAAAUCAACCUUGAACAAAAAGAGCGGGAGCAGAAGUUGAUUCUUAAUGACAUCAGGAAAUUGUCUGUUUAUAGUGAUAUUUCUGGAGACCAGCAUUCAAGAAAGGAAGUUGACUUGUGGAUGAUCACUGGUGGAAGAUCCACUCUGGUGCAAGGACUAAAGAGAGAGCUUGUAAAUGCCAAAAAGUCUCGGAAGGAGGCAUCUGCAUCAUUAAGGAUGGCUCUGCAGAAGGCUGCACAGUUACGACUGAUGGAGAAGGAGAAAAACAAAAGUCCAUCUUAUGCCAUGCGUAUAUCUUUGCAAAUUAACAAAGUUGUUUGGAGCAUGCUAGUAGAUGGUAAAACUUUUGCAGAGGCUGAGAUAAACGACAUGAUAUUUGACUUUGACCGGGAUUACAAGGAUGUUGGUGUUGCUUUGUUUACAACAAAGUAUUUUGUUGUGAGGAACUGCUUGUCUAAUGCCAAGUGUGAUAUGGUGUUGUCGCCGUGGAAUCCUCCACCAGAUUGGGGAAAAAAAGUCAUGCUACGUGUAGAUGCAAAGCAAGGAGCUCCAAGGGAUGGAAAUUCUCGUAUUGAACUUUUCCAGGUGGAGAUUUAUCCCCUUAAGAUUUAUUUGACAGAGACAAUGUACAAAAUGAUGUGGGAAUAUUUCUUCCCAGAAGAAGAACAAGAUUCACAACGGCGGCAGAUUGAUUUUGCACUUCCUGAGAUGCAGGAAGUUUGGAAGGUUUCAACAACUGCUGGUGCAAGACGUGUUAAGAAAGGCCCAUCAAGCCAUGAAGCUUCUUCUUCAUGCAGUCAUACAACGAAAGAGUCUGAUGCCCCAUCGAAAGUGAUUGGCAGUUCAGCCCCUGAGUUAAGGAGGACAUCUUCUUUUGACAGAUCAUGGGAGGAGACGGUUGCAGAGUCUGUUGCUACUGAACUUGUCUUACAGGCCCACUCAUCCAGCAUUUCUUCCUCAAAAAGUGAGCCAUUUGAUUCUAUUGAGCAACCAGAUGAAUCAUCUAAAAGUAAGUCCAAAGAGUCCAAGCCUGUGAAGUAUGGCCGAUCAUCUCAUGAGGAGAAAAAGGUUGGAAAAACAACUGAAGAGAAAAGAUCUCGACCUCGAAAAGUAAUGGAAUUUAACAACAUUAAGAUAAGCCAGGUUGAGCUGCAGCUUACUUAUGAAAGCUCAAGAUUUAAUCUGCAUGAACUUAAGCUGCUGAUGGAUACAUUUCACCGUGUUGAGUUUACUGGGACUUGGAGGAGACUGUUCUCGCGAGUUAAGAAGCAUGUUGUCUGGGGAACCCUGAAGUCUGUUACAGGAAUGCAGAACUUGACUGAUGUGGUAUUGCAAGGUAAAAAAUUCAAAGACAAAGCACAUAGUCAACGAGAUCCUAAUGUAUCCAGCGUCCCUGAUAGUGACCUCAAUUUUAGUGACAAUGAUGGAGGUCUGGCGGUGCACUCUGAUCAAUAUCCAAACUGGCUCAAGCGUCCAACUGAUGGAGCAGGUGAUGGGUUUGUAACUUCUAUAAGGGGCCUUUUCAAUACUCAGCGUCGCAAGGCCAAAGCAUUUGUACUAAGAACCAUGAGGGGUGAAGCAGAGAAUGACUUUCAUGGAGAGUGGAGUGAAAGUGAUGCAGAGUUCUCUCCCUUUGCUCGGCAACUCACCAUAACAAAAGCUAAGAGGCUUAUAAGGCGGCACACAAAGAAAUUCCGCUCAAGAGGACAGAAAGGUUCAUCAUCGCAACAAAGAGAAUCACUUCCAUCAUCUCCACGGGAAACUACUCCAUUUGAAAGUGAUUCAUAUAGUGACUCUUCACCAUACGAGGAUUUUCAUGAGUAG